AGCCACUGAAAUCAAAUCCUUUGUCUGAGGACACAAGAGUACGUAACAGCCGAGACCAAGUAAGGAUUCAGGAGUUCUGAUUUCUAGUCCAGCUGCCGUCACACGUCCAAGUCGGCUUUGUUAAUCCCUGGACUUUACUUUCCUGGGCUUUGCUGUCAUGAGCCACCGAAUUCCUGUUCUGACACAAUCCUGCUGACUAGGGGCCCCACGCAGAAGUGAAAAACAAGUGGGCGGCGCCCCAUGACGCGCUCACACCCAAGGCCAGAUAAUCAGUGCUGCGGCUGUUUCCUGAAGCGGUCUCGGAGCCCGGGGUCAGGUCAUCAGACUCGGCCGAGUACCAAGAGCCGCCGCCAAAACCUCACGGGGCCGAGAGGACGACUCUGCGGCCCGCAGGUCUUUCCGGGCCGCGCGCAGCCCCGCCACGCCGCGCGCCAUGUGAGGCGGAGCCUGCCGGCGCAGCGGCGCGCGCACUCCGGGGCCUCGCGUCGCGUGACUCGGCCGGGGCGCGCUGGGCCGGGGCCGGCUCGCGCCACUUCCGACUCAUCCCGGGGUUCAGGUUCCGGGGCGCCGCGGAGCUCGCGGCCCGCGCACCGCACGCGGUGUUCUGGGGAAUCCCGCGCCGGGCGCCGCGCGGCCGCCAGGAUGGACGAGGCUGGAGCGGCAGUGGCCACGGCGGGGGAGGCCGAACUGAACUGGUCCCGCCUCAGCGUGUCCCCCGAGACGCUGGAGUCCGAGCUGGAAGCGCGAGGCGAGGAGCGGCGGGGCGCUCGCGAGGCGCUGCUGCGUCUUCUGCUGCCUCACAACCGUCUGGCGUCACUGCCACGGGCGCUGGGCACUGGCUUCCAGCACCUCCAGCUGCUGGACGUGAGCGGCAACGCGUUGACCACUCUCGGAUCCGAGCUGCUGUCCCUGCGCGGCCUACGCACGCUGCUGGCCAAGAACAACCGGCUCGGCGGGCCCAGCGCGCUGCCCAAGGGCCUGGCCCAGUCGCCGCUCUGCCGCAGCCUCCAGGUGCUCAACCUCAGCGGCAACUGUUUCCAGGAAAUGCCUGCCUCGCUGCUGGAGCUGCGCGCGCUGCAGACCCUGAGCAUGGGCGGCAACCAGCUGCAGAGCAUCCCGGCCGAGAUCGAGAACUUGCGGAGUUUAGAAAGUUUAUAUCUUGGAGGAAACUUCAUCAAAGAAAUCCCACCAGAAUUAGCAAAUCUGCCUUUUCUGACUUACUUAGUAUUAUGUGACAACAAAAUCCAAAGUGUGCCUCCUCAACUUUCACAGUUGCAUUCUCUUCGUUCCCUCAGUCUUCACAACAACUUGUUGACAUAUCUCCCUCGAGAGAUCCUCAACCUUAUUCAUUUGGAAGAGUUGAGUUUACGAGGAAAUCCAUUGGUUGUUCGUUUCGUUAGAGAUUUAACCUAUGACCCUCCAACUCUUUUGGAACUAGCUGCACGGACCAUUAAAAUUCGAAAUAUCUCCUAUACUCCCUAUGAUCUUCCUGGGAAUCUUCUUAGAUACUUGGGGUUAGCCACCAAUUGCCCAAACCCAAAAUGUGGAGGAGUCUACUUUGACUGCUGUGUCAGACAGAUUAAAUUUGUGGACUUCUGUGGGAAGUACCGCCUCCCACUGAUGCACUACUUGUGUUCUCCAGAGUGCUCUUCCCCUUGCAGUUCUGCCUCUCACAGCUCCACAUCCCAGAGCGAAUCUGACUCAGAAGAUGAGGCUAGUGUUGCCGCACACAGAAUGCAGAAAGUUCUUCUUGGUUGAACAAGGAUGCAGGGUGGUGUAAAAACUGAGCAAAGGAGAAGAAAAGAAAAAGAAAAUAGAGCUUGAAUUUCACCAGAAACCUUAUCUUCAUCCUGAGUAUCUAUGAAAGAAUCAGGGAUGAUGCAAAGCAUUCUGUUUUAUCUGCC